AUGUCCGAAGCUUCGCGACAAGGUGCAGUCCCCCAGGGAUCUUCGCCAGGGACUCCGGCCGACGAGACCAUUCAACCAGCCCAAACAUCAACACCGGUCGCCGACCAGAGGAAAUUGCCGGGCUGGCUAGAUCAUUUCAACGCGCGCGACCUGAAAGUGUUGUUUCGCUGCUCGGUAGCAGCAUGGGUCGCGUCACUGUUGAUCUUCAUCGGGCCUUCGCAUGACCAGAUUGGGACUGCGACUUUUUUCGCGACCCUUGUGCUCUUCAUAGUGCCUCCCAGCGGUAUCGUGUUCAUCUUCAUCCUGGCAGCCCUGACGCUUCUCAUCGGCAUCGGUCUGGCCUGGGCAUGGGGUACCAUUGUCAUGAAAGCUGCGCUGGCCGCGCGACCGUCGUCUGAUACCGAGGCUACACUUCAAGCGCUCGGGAAACAGGCCUACAGUCAGGCCAAUGCGACAGGACAACCCGUCGCAGCCGUUGAACAGAAGCUUAUUUAUGACGGCUGGAUGCUGGAUGCCCGUGUGUCUGCAGUCUAUUUUUCCCUCAUAUGCCUGUUUAUCUAUGUGUUGGCACGCGUGCGGGCUAAGAACCCUAAAUUCACGAUUACACAGAUCUUUGGCACCAUCAUCGCGGAUCUUUUCUUGACCCUUGGCCCCCUGCUUCCCGCAUUCAAUGGAACUCUGCCUAAGCUCUUGAUUGAACCCGCAGCCAUUGGCAUAGGGAUUGGACUGGCUUGCUGCCUGAUCUUUUUUCCCAAAUCGACGUCCCACACGGUGCUGGCCGGCUUUGAGGGUCUGGUACGGCUCUUGAAAACACCAUUGGACUUUACGCUAGCCAGUCUUGCAAAAGAAGGCGAUCCGCUUAUUCUCAAGAGCCUUCGUAAAAACAAGGCAAGGACGAUUGGAGCGUACCGGAGCAUAGAGCCAGCGCUAGGAUUUUUGCCAUUGGACUUCGGUCUGGGAUGGUGGAACGCGGACGAUAUCCGAAGUCUCAGGGAGCCAAUCCGGCAGGCUCUAGUUAACAGCGUGGCUCUUCUUGAGCUUCACAUCGCCCGUUUGAGCGGGGCGACAAAGCUUGAGAAGCUGGACGAAAUCAUUGCCGGUCACCAUCACGAUUCGGACACUGAGCCCGGAAAUUCCGAGCAAGACGAAAAGAAGAAGAAAAAGAAUAAAAAGAAGCCGCAUGAGGUCGGUAUGCGCCAGCUCCUAGAGACCGGCAAUCUUGUGAACGCCCUUCGCAGCCCCGAACAUGAGUCUAUUCGAUUGGAGACCAUUGAAGCUAUUCGAGAUUCCAGCAGAGAUAUACUUCCCGCUUGUCAGGAGGCUACUGAGACCGUGGCCUCAGUCAUCCAUGUGGUCAAUUCAGCUCGAUGGUUUGGUCGACCAUCUAAACAAAACUUGAACGAGGCGCUGGAGCGCAGCCAAGCGACGCUUCAGGCUCUUCAGGCGGCACGGAACUCAUUUGCCACAGAAGCUACUGAGAGACUGAUUCAGACCUAUGGAGACAUGUUUGAUGAAUCUGGAAAGCUGAAAAGCCUUGAGCACUCCACGUCCCUCUCGGUAAGGGGCAUCAUGAUAGGAAUGGUUUAUGAAGAGCAUGUCCUUGGUGUCGCCGACUCCUGGGAGAAAGUUCUUUCUCAGAUCACUGCUCUUCUGAAAGAACGCCAGAAGAUUCAACUCUGGCUACCCAAAGGACUGCGUUAUGCAGUCAACUGGGUCUCUCGAAGAAACGCUGUGGCCCCGGUCAUCGUCGCGCAAGGGUCCGAAACCGAUCCUGACAUCGCAGAAUCACAAUCAAAAGCAGCCCAACAGCGUCUUCGCAUCAGCAGAGGAUACCGUGUGAAACGACGGAACGGUCUGGGACGAGCUAUUCUCAGCACGUAUCACUGGCUCAUCAACCCAGAUGGCAUGUAUGCCCUACGAAUGGUGGCCGUGACAAUUGCCCUCGGUAUUCCUGCUGUCAUCCCGUCAAGCGCAGGCUUCUACUUCCGGGAAAAGGGACUUUGGGGCCUCAUCAUGGGCCAAACAACCAUGCUUAUCUACAUGGCCGACUUUACCUUCUCUGUUAUCUCGCGGGCUAUUGGCACUAUUGUUGGUGGUAUUCUAGGCUUGCUGGCAUGGUACAUCGGCUCGGGCAAUGGACCCGGCAAUCCUUACGGCCUUGCCGCCAUCAUGGCAGUCGUGAUUGUUGUUCUGAUGUGGGGACGUUUAUUCGCACCUCCCGCUUUGCUCCAGGCCUGCAUGAUGGGUGGUGCUACCUGCAUUCUCGUCGUGGGUUACAGUUACGACGAUACACACAUCCCACAGUACGGCAACCCUGGUAUAGGUUACAACGUGUUUUGGCGACGACUCGUGCUCGUUGUCAUAGGCUUUGCAGCUGCCAUAAUCGUGCAACUCUUCCCACGACCCCCCUCUGCCUCGCGGCAUAUCUGCAAGUCGCUCUCAAACGUCAUCCGUUCACUCUCUGACCACUAUGCCCUCCUCCUCUCGUCCUGGGGCCAGUCCGAUGGCAAUGCGGGACUGGUAGCUGAGAAAAUUGCGCUCGAUCUUGGUGAAAAACUCAAUUCACUGAACGGUCCUAUCGGAAUGCUCCGCUUCGAGUUCUCUGGCUCGCCAUUUGACAGCGACCGUCUAGCCCAGGUCAAAACCCUGUCCGAGGAUAUGAACCGGAGCGUCGCCCGGCUGUUGUAUCUCUCUGCGUCGCUACCAGAGUACCUACAGGCACGUCUCUCACGUUAUGUUGGUCUUCUCGAUCACCGCAAUAUCGGUGAUAUUAUGGCCGUGCUAGGAGUCGUGGAGCAGGCGCUUAAAACCGGAGACCCGUUGCCCGAGGUCCUGCCCACGCCACUGCUUAAACGCUGCUACGAGUUUUGGCAAUCGCGUCAUGUGGAUAUUGUGCUCAGUACGGAAACCAUCCGUGAUGAGAACUACCGGAAGUUCUGCGUUGCGCUUAACUCUUACCUCAAGUUCCUGGCUGCCAUCGAUGAUCUGGUGCUUGUCAUGAAGGGCACGCUGGGCGAGUCUCAUAUUGUUAGCCGAGAGUUGACGCACGACGAGUAUGAGGUGUAA